AUGGCGCAGCAAGAAAAUCAACUGUACAGACAAAGAUUCUGCUGUCCGAUCUGUCUGGAUCCACUGAAGGAUCCGGUGACUACUGGCUGUGGACACAGCUACUGUCUGAGCUGUAUUAACACCCACUGGGACAAUGGGGAGAAGAGCGGAGGCUACAGCUGUCCUCAGUGUAGACAGACCUUCACACUGAGGCCUGUCCUGGAGAAAAACACCAUGUUAGCUGAUUUGGUGGAGGAGCUGAAGAAGUCUGGACUCCAAGCUGCUCCUGCUGAUCACUGCUAUUCUGGACCUGAAGAUGUGGAUGAACACAAAGACCACGACACAGUGUCAGCUGCAGCAGAAAAGACUGAGAGGCAGAGAGAGCUCGGGCUGAGGAGACAAACAAUCCAGCAGAGAGUCCAGGACACAGAGAAAGACUUGAAGCUGCUUCAACAAGAGGAGAAGGCCGUCAAUGGCUCUGCUGAUAAAGCAGUGUAUGACAGUGAGAACAUCUUCACUGAGCUGAUCCGUCUGCUGGAGAAAAGAAGCUCUGAUGUGGAGCAGCAGAUCAGAUCCCUGCAGGAAACUGAAGUGAGUCGAGUCAGAGAGCUUCAGGAGAGACUGGAGCAGGAGAUCACUGAGCUGAAGAGGAAAGACCAUGAACUGAAGCAGCUCUCAGACACAGAGGAUCACAACCAGCUUCUACACAACUACCCCUCACUGUCAACACUCAGUGAAUCUACACACUCAUCCAGCAUCAGGAUCCGUCCUCUGAGGAAAUUUGAGGACGUGACAGCAGCUGUUUCACAGGUCAGAGGUCGACUACAGGACAUGCUGAGUGAGACAGAGACAAAGGUUUUACAGAUUGUGUCUCAAGUGGAUGUUUUACUGCCACAACCAGAGCCAGAGACCAGAGCUGACUUCUUAAAAUAUUCACAGGAAAUCACACUGGAUCCAAACACAGCACACAGAUGUCUGUCAUUAUCUAAGGGAAACAGAAAAGUAACAUUUAUGAGUCAACAACAGUCAUACUCUAAUCACCCAGACAGAUUUACGGAUCGUUGGCAGGUCCUGAGUAGAGAGAGUCUGACCGGACGUUGUUAUUGGGAGGUGGAGAUGAGGGUGAGAGGAGGAGUUUGUGUAGCAGUCACAUACAAGAAUAUCAGCAGAGCAGGAAACACUGUUGAAUGUAACUUUGGAUGCAAUGAUAAAUCUUGGAUGUUAGUUUGUGAUGGAAACUGUUAUAAUUUUUAUGACAACAGCAUCAAGACUCCAGUGUCAGGUCCUCUGUCCUCCAGAGUAGGAGUGUACCUGGAUCACAGUGCAGGUGUUCUGUCCUUCUACAGAAUCUCUGACACCAUGACUCUCAUCCACAGAGUCAAGACAACAUUCACUCAGCCUCUCUAUGCUGGAGUUGUGGUUUGUCAUCCUGGAUACACAGCUGAGUUCUGUAAACUCAAAUAG